GUAAUAAAAGCUUGCCACAUUCUUUCACACUGUUUUCGUUGAUUAAGUUAUACAUAUGCAGAAUGCAAUGGCAGCUUGAUGAGCUGAAGGGUAAAGCCUCUUACCAAGUCAUACACAGACUCUUUAAGCGAGCUUGGAAUCUCAAGAUUAUAGUGGCUCAUCCCUUACUCUCGUUGGCUCUCAAAGAAUUUGUCAUUUGAUAUUUAUAUCAGGUUUGUCCAAUAUCCCCUUAAGGCGUGCAGGACGAGGAGCAGCAAUCUGGAGCUUAAGACGAUAAGAGACAUUUGCAGGAGUCAUCUACUCCAUUUGCUUGGCUCUAUUCAUUUCA